AUGAAGAACGCAUCUCAUCUCUUGUGUACAGCCGAUAACCAUGAAAGACUUAUCCAAAGCAAAAGAGUUUUCAUCAAAAUGCUCGAAAAAGAAGAAUUCAAGCUUAUCGUUCGAAAACUCUCCAUCAACGAAGGCAUUAACGAAGUUACAGAAACCGAAGCAAAGCUCGCUGCUCGAAUCAAACGAGAGAAGUUGGAGCUACUGGCUCUGAUCAAAAACAGCAACUUGAAGGAUGAUGAAGUGAAGAAAAUGAGAAAGAAGCUCCUCGCAGAAAUGAAGAUUUAUUUUUAG